CCCUAUUUAUGCGUUGCCCGCGGGGGCCCCCCUGCACAGUGGAGGGGGAAGAGGCCCGGGGAGGCGGCUGGCUCUGGAUGGCGUCGAGGGCGCGCUACGCGGGGAAGGUGGUGGUUGUGACAGGGGGCGGACGCGGCAUCGGAGCCGGGAUCGUCCGAGCCUUUGCUGAAAGUGGGGCACACGUCGUCAUCUGCGACAAGGAUGAGUCCAACGCGCGGGUCCUGGAGCAGCAGCUGCCCGGUGCGGUCUUCAUCCGCUGCGACGUGACUCGGGAGGAGGACUUGCGGACCCUGAUUGCUGAGACCGUCCGCCGAUUCGGCCGCCUGGAUUGUUUGGUCAACAACGCUGGCUACCAUCCACCAGCGCAGUUGCUAGAAGAUACCUCAGCCCAGGACUUCCGGCAGCUGCUGGAACUAAACCUGCUGGGCUCCUACACCCUGACCAAGCUCGCCCUCCCCCACCUGCGGAAGAGCCAGGGCAACGUCAUCAACAUCUCCAGCCUGUGUGGGGCCAUCGGCCAGUCCCAGGCCUUGCCUUAUGUCGCCACCAAGGGCGCACUCACAGCCAUGACCAAAUCCUGGGCCUUGGACGAGAGCAAGUAUGGCGUCCGAGUCAAUUGUAUCUCCCCAGGGAACAUCUGGACCCCGCUAUGGGAGAUGCUGGCCGCCUCCUCGCCAGACCCCAAGGCUGAGAUCCUGAAGGGGGUGCUGGCGCAGCCCCUGGGCCGCAUGGGCCAGCCCUCUGAGGUGGGCGCCGCAGCCGUGUUCCUGGCCUCGGAAGCCACCUUCUGCACAGGCAUCGAGCUCCGCCUGACCGGGGGCGCAGAGCUGGGGUACGGGAGCAAAGCCAGCCCGGACACCCCUCUGGAGGUCCCCACGCUUCCUCCUGACUUCCCACGGCACUCUCCGGCCUGUGACUCCCACCCCCCGGCGCAGCCCCCUGCCCCGUAGACUCGACGCCUGCUUGGGAAGGUCCCGACCACCCCGCGUGUCCCCCGCUACCCCGGGUUCCCAGCAGAGCAGCUUGCGAAGCGGAGUGUCGCCGUGUUUAUUCUCCGCCCUUUGUACAACCUGGCCACACCACGCUUCCACCCCGUCGCCCACGCCUCCCUCCGGCCUUGUGGCAGUGUCUGUGGCUAAAUGCCUGUCGCCAGGUAGAGCGAUUUGGCUUUACCUGGGCGCUAAUUAUAAAGCCCCCACGGGAGGUAAAUUAAGCGCUCA